AUGAGGAAGAAGGCACAGUUGUUCGCCCCGUCGCGGCUCGGCAGCGCCGCCCCCAGGAUGGACGCCAAGGCAGCCGUCGGUUGCCGCGGGACAGGGGCGAGCGAGUCUUCCUGGACCUCACCAGCCUUGCUUUGUGUAGGCAAGCCAGUCUGGGGCUCGGACUGUCCACUCCGGUGGGGAGCGGGAGGGGCGGCGUCGGUGGCGGCCCUUUCCCGUCGGGGCUUCUUUGAAACCUGCGUGAGCUGCGGGGCAGAGGCCUGGCCUGGGCAGCAACAAGGCGGUGGGGAAGGGAAGGGAGGAGGCGGCGUCUGGGCGCCAUCCUCGCCUGGCUUUCUCGGUCUUAUCCCUCGGCGCGCUAGCUCUGGGCUUCAUCGGGAAGAGGCGAUGCUCCCGCCCCGUCCCUUGGCGCUCAAGCCCUCAGGUGAUACGUCUAGAGCCGGGCUGGGUGGGGCACGUCCGAGGCCGCCCCCUUCCGAUGACUCCCUGACGCCGUGGGCUGGGAGCGGACAUCCCCGACGGCUCUCGACGCGCCUGUACUUUCUUCUCUUCCUACCGACAAUGGUGACCGUCCGGAACUCUCCCGCCUCGCCCACAGACUGGACGGGCCCCGCGGCGACCCCCGACGCCGCCGCCUCCACCCUCUCGACGGCUUCUCUGUCCCCGGACCCCGCGGCUGCCUCGCCGCCUCCUCCGCUGCCGCCGCCCCCGCCCCCGCCCGUCGGCUUGAGCCCCGGAGCGCCACGGGCCUGGCCGGGCGGGGAGGGUUGCUCGGGGCGGCGGGCGGCGCGGCUGCGCAACUUCAACUGGGAGGCCAUCCCGCCAGAGCGCAUCCGGGGGCGCCACAACCUCUGGACGGCGCCCGGGCGGCGUCGGGGCCAGGGCUUCCCGCUGGACCUCGCCCUCCUGGAGGAACUUUUCGGGCAGCGCCCGGAGCCGCCCGGGGGGAGCCUGCGGGGCCAGCCGCCGGCGGAGCAGGUCUCCCUGCUGGACUCCAAGAAGAUUCUGAACCUGGGCAUCUUCCUCAAGCAGUUCAAGAGGCCGGUCCGGGAGAUUGUGGCCGAUAUCCAGGAUGGAGCAGGAGCCCUUUACGGGGCGGAGAAGCUGCUGGAGCUGACAAAGAUGCUGCCUGAUGCGGAGGAGGCCAAGAAGCUGGCUGCGUUCCGAGGCUGCCAGAGCCGCCUCUCGGAGGCUGAGGUCUUUGCCCUGCUCCUUGUCCAGGUGCCCAGCUACGUCCACCGCCUGAAGCUCCUGGUCUUGCAGGAGGAGUUCUUCCCCCAGCUCAACUCGCUGCAGUCGGCCAUCCAGAUUCUGAUGGAGGCAGCCCUAGAGGUGUUGGAGUGUGAGGAGCUGCACGAACUCCUCCAGCUGGUGCUGAAGGCAGGAAACCACAUGAAUGAGGGAGGCUACGCUGGCUCUGCGCUGGGCUUCCGCAUGUCCUCGCUGCUGAGGCUCACGGACACCAAGGCCAACCGGCCAGGAAUGGACCUUCUGCACUUUGUUGCCCUGGAGGCAGAGAAGAAGGACCCGACUCUCCUGCAGUUCCCCUGCAAGCUGCAGCACGUGGGGCCUGCUUCGCGGAUCGUUGACCAGGAGGUGAUGGUGGAGCUGGAGAGCCUGGGGCAGCGCCUUCUGAGUGCCCAGGGGGAGCUGGAGGGCCUGGGUCUGGGCGCCCAGGUGGGGCCCUUUGUGCAGGUGGCUGCGGUGGAGCUGCAGGCCGUCAGGGCCUCCCAGGAGGGCCUGAGCCAGACCGCGGCCACCCUGUGCGACUUCCUCUGCGAGGACCCCGAGACCUUCAGCCUGACUGAGUGCUGCCGCAUCUUCCAGUCCUUUGGGGAGCGCUUCCUGGCUGCUGUGCAGGACAACCAGACUCGGGAGGCCGCCAUGUGCCGGCAGCAGCGCCAGGAGCGCGAGCGCAAGGAGAAGCAGAAGCGGCGCUCCAUCGCCAGCUGCUCGGCCCGCGACCCUGGCCUGCAGGACGUGGAGCUGGACCUCUUCUUCCUGCGGCCCCCUCGCUCCCGGAGGCGCAACCGGUCCCAGCAGGGCCUCCGCCUCGCCCUGGAGAGCCCCCAGAGCACCAGAGAGAGGGCCCUGCCCCUCGGCCACCGGAGACACACGCUCACCGCCCUGCCCCCCUGCACAGAGCCCCCCAGGCCAGCGGAGCCAGAAGCCGCCCCUGCCACCCCCACCCUCCCCCCUGGCUGUGGCAAGAAGGCCGGGGGGCUCUUUGGGCAGGGCCUCAAGGCCUUCCUCAGGUCCCCCCCCAUGGCCACGGUGGCCGCCUCCCCCCAAGGCCCUGCCUCGCCCGAAGCCCCCAGCGGCUUCCGCUUCCCCACCCUGUUCCAGAAGAAGACCCCCCAGGAGGGCCCAGAGCUCCCCACCUCCCCCCUGGCUUCCCCCAAGGACGUCUCUGCCCUGGUGGGCUUCUUCCGCCGCCUGAGUGUGGGGGAAAAGCCACGGCAGGGAGCCCAGCUCUGAGACGGGGCGGCUGGGAGGGUCCCAGGGCAAACCUGCUGCCGGCAACCCCUCCCCCCAGAACAUGGGGCUCCAGUUGGGGGGGCCCUUCUCUCCCGCUGCCCACCUUGUACUGCCUCCACUCAAACUCUGCACUAGCCUAGAAGAACUGGUGUCUUGCUGCUCCCCUCCUGCCCCCCCCGUCCUUGCAGGAUCAGUCCCUCUUUCUCAGGCCACAGAGCCAAGGGCUGCAGCCGGCAAUUUUAAAGUCUCUCACCCCCCCACCAAUAAAACACUUUUAUAUUCUCUCAUCUCCCCUUUUAAAAAACUGUUCUGUCCGUUGACACUCAAUAAACUUUUUUGGAGCUA